CUGCACACCUACGGCAUCGUCCACCGCGACCUCAAACCCGACAACCUGCUGAUCACGUCUCUGGGCCACGUGAAGCUGACGGACUUCGGGCUGUCCAAGAUGGGGCUGAUGAGCCUGACGACCAACCUGUACGAGGGGCACAUGGAGAAGGACGCGCGCGAGUUCCGCGACAAGCAGGUGUGCGGCACGCCCGAGUACAUCGCGCCCGAGGUGAUCCUGCGCCAGGGCUACGGGAAGCCGGUGGACUGGUGGGCCAUGGGCAUCGUCCUCUACGAGUUCCUGGUGGGCUGCGUGCCCUUCUUCGGGGACACCCCCGAGGAGCUCUUCGGGCAGGUCAUCUCAGACGAGAUCCUGUGGCCGGAGGGGGACGAGGCGCUGCCCCCCGACGCUCAGCACCUCAUCUCCUGCCUCCUGCAGACCGACCCCCUGCGGCGCCUGGGGGCAGGGGGGGCUCAGGAGGUGAAGGCUCACGGGUUCUUCUCCGCCCUCGACUGGACGGGGCUGCUGCGCCAGAAGGCCGAGUUUGUGCCACACCUCGAGUCCGAGGAGGACACCAGCUACUUCGACACGCGCUCGGACAGGUACCCGCAGGUGACGUCGUACGAGGACGAGGACACGACCGAGGACGAGCCCGUCGAGAUCCGCCAGUUCUCGUCCUGCUCGCCCCGGUUCAGCAAGGUGUACAGCAGCCUGGAGCAGCUCUCCCAGGAGCCCAAGGCCAAGGGGCGCCCGCGGGACGAGGCGAGACGGGAUCGGGAACGGGAUCGGGAUCGGGAUCGGGAUCGGGACGGCCCCGCCCGGGAACGUGGCUGGAGAACCGGCUCACCUGAGCUGAAGCACCGCGAGGUCCCCCGAGGGGGAGGGCAGCCCCCGGGCCCCGGCGCCGCUGCCCUGCUGGAGCCCUCCUGGGCCGGGCCAGGGCCGCCCCCUCCCACGAGGAACCGAGACCCCCGCAACGGGGGCGGAGGGACCCCGAGGGAGCCGGCGAGGAGCCAGAGAAGCCCCCAAGGGUGGGGAGGGGCCCCCGCCCCCCGCGCCGAGCUGGGGGCUGGCGGCCGCGCCACCCGGGGUGACGCCCCGAGCCGGGGGCGUUGGGGACAAACGAAGCCCCGCUGGCCCGGCAAGGUGACAAAGUCGGCGUCGGCCACCGCCCUGUCCGUCAUCAUCCCCAGCGGGGAUGCUCCGGGCUCGUCCCCUCUGGGCAGUCCGAUGUCGCCGCGCUCUCUGUCGUCCGACCCCUCCUCCCGGGACUCCUCCCCGGGCCGGGAGCUCGCCCCGGCCGUGGCCGCCCCGCCCCGCUCGCCCAUCGCCAUCCCCCGGCCCGGCAAGAAGUUCGGCUUCACCCUCCGGGCCAUCCGCGUGUACCUGGGGGACAGCGACGUGUACAGCGUGCAGCACGUGGUGUGGCACGUGGAGGAGGGGGUCCCGGGUCCCGCGCAGGAGGCGGGGCUGUGCGCAGGGGAUCUCAUCACCCACGUGAACGGAGAGCCCGUGCACGUGGUGCACACUGAGGUCGUGGAGCUCAUCCUCAAGAGCGGGACGAAGGUGCUGGUGACCACGACCUCCCUGGAGAACACGUCCAUCCGCCUGGGCCCCGCCCGGCGCCGCAGCGCCCGCGCCAAGAUGGCCCGGAGGAACCGCCGGGGCCCUGGGGGCCACGAGAGGCGGCGCAGUGCGCUCUUCCGCCACCUGGCCCGCCAGGCGUCGCUGCUGCACACGAGCCGCUCGCUGACGUCACUGAGCCGCUCCCUCUCCUCCUCCGACUCGCUGCCCGCGUCCCCCACGCAUGCGCGGGCCAGGGAACCCGGAGCGUCCCCCCCCAGCAGCAGCUCCCCGGGCUCGUCGGCCCCCCCGUCCCCGGCGGGUCCCCACCUGCGGCCGAGCUCCCUGCAGGGGCUGUCCCCGAAGCUGCAGCGCCAGUACCGCGCCGCCCGGUGCCGCUCGGCCGGCAGCAUCCCCCUGUCCCCCCUGGCCCACACCCCGUCCCCCGCCGCCUCCCCGCCCGCCUUCCCGCCAAGCUGCACCCCAAAACCGCCGAGGCCUCCCGCCGCGCCCCCGCCGCGGGGCCCCCUGGCCGGACAAGGGGCUCCGGGACCCCGACCCGCGCUAAGCUGGGCUUGGACCCCCAGGAAGGAGUUCCCGGCGGAGCCCCCUGCAGAGCUUGGCCGAGUGGGACGGGAGGGGCCCGCCGAGACCUCCCCCCAGCACCAACAACCCCCCAGCACCACCCCCGCCUCCGCGCCGCCUGGGCCGGCAGGAGCUGCCGCCGCCCCUGGGGGCCUGAGGGACCUCCCACCCCGGCGGGCCACGAGGAGCCCCCGCCGCCCCACCCCCACCUGGCGGAGCGGGGGGCGGGGACCCCAAGGCGCUGAGCCGGUGCAGGAGCACGAGCGGGGCGGGGCGGCCCCCGUGCCCAUCGUGGUGGUGGGGCCUGAGCGACCCCGGGACCCCCGAGCGCCCCCGGAGCCCCCGGGCGUUGAGCUUAACCCCCCUCACCCCCGUCCAAUGGCUGUAAAUAAGGGGGGCGGGGGAUCCCCCACCCCACGGACCCCCAGGCAUGCGGGGUCGCACAUAUCGCCUCCCCCCCUUGUGCCCCCCUGCCCCCCGUGUACAUGA